CAAAAUCUUUUUAAAUCAUUUUAAUCAUCAUCAUCAAUAAUAGGCAGGCCCGCACCUGAUAUUUCCUCCGCCGUAGCUUUCUGGUGUUGGUGUUCAAGAUCCAGUGUUUCGCUUCCGUAUAUUACUCUAUACGCCACCUACGUGUCAAAAUCAGAUUGGACCUCCCCUUUUCCGUUACCUCGAAUCCAGCCUCUUUUAUUCCCUUUUUCAUAUUUUUCUAUUCAGGUCUCUCCCUUUAUCAAAACCGUCUUUUGUGUGUGUGUGUGUGUGUGUAUAUAUAUCUUCUCCAGAUCCACUCUCCUUCUUUCCAAUUUCGAAUCUACUUCAAACUUCACGCGUUGCCUUGCAGAGAAGGAGAAGUCCACCGAUGGCGAAAUCCGGAUUAUUGUUGAUAUUCCUGGUGGUUCUCUUUGUGGAGUUCACGUUCGCGGUGAGUCCGUCACCGGCUCCUUCGCCAGAUUUGGCGGCUGAUUCCCCUCCACUGCCUGUUCCGGCACCGGAUUCUGGAUCUCCGUUGCAUGCGCCGGCAGAAUCGCCGGUGGAGCCAGUGUCGCCUCCAGCUCCCUCGAUGAGGAGUCCCGCACCGGCGUCAGCACCAGCGAACUCCGAUGCGCCGGAGCGUUCCCCGGUGCCUGUGCCUGUGCCAUCGCCUGCGCCGAGUCCAAGCGAAGCGAGUGAUGUAAACCACGAGAACGUAUCGGCGAAUGUAGAUGAUGGACAGAGCUCGGGUGACGGCGGGAUGAGCGGGGGGAAGAAGGCGGGGAUCGUGCUUGGAGUGGUGGUUGCAGCAUGUUUGGUUGGGUUAGGAGGAUUGGUGUACAAGAAGAGGAGGGAUAACGUCAAGAGGACUCAAUACGGGUAUGCGGCAAGAAGGGAGCUACUGUGAUUCCGAUUCAGAUUCUUUCAUGGUUAAUUAUUAUAUUUUACUAGUUUUACUAUGAUUCAUGAUUUCUUUGCCGAGGAAAAUGAUGAUGAGGGUCUUUUAUUUUAUUUUAUUUUAUAAUUAUAUAGUUAAUCUUCAUGUCUUCUUCUUCUUCUUCUUUCUUCUUCUUCGUGUAGUUUUAUUGCUUGUUAGUGAUAGUCGAUACUGUGUUGUUACUACUA